GUAUAAUAAUCAUCCUCUAAUUUCUUUCCGGAGUUUAUUUAAUUUACUUGUUUACUUGUUUCAUGGAUACACAGUACUUACCGGUGAAUUUUUGUAUGCAUAUGAAUGUAUAUAUAUAAAUACAUGUAAUAUAUACAGUAAGAAGUUAGAAGUUUAAAAAACUUUUUAUUAACUAAGAAUUUAACGAUUAAAAAAUGAUAGAAGUAACAAGAAUUAUCUUAAAAAUGAGUGCUGUGACCACCAUAGGCUUUGGUGGUUGGUUUUUGGGUAAAUAUUCGGAACAGAAACGACACUUGAACGUAGCAAAAAAAGACGAUGGAUUGUGUAUUUUUUCAAAUACACCUGUUGAAAAAAUGCCUGGUUUGCCUUUAUUUGGAACAGUUUCUGCGGCAACUGCAAUUGUUCCCACAGAAACUGAAAUAGAUAUGGGUUCAAAAUUAUCAGCAACAGGUAAAAGGGUGUCUGAAAUUAUGAAAUAUGGAUUUCCUGGAUUGGAUCAAGUCAGAUCUUAUGAUGACUUUGUUCUUUCUUAUGAUAGAAGAAAUAGGGUAGCACAUUGGGUAUUUGAACAUUUAAAUAGAGAAAGAUUAAAACCUAAUGGUGAGAUAUCACGCGCUAAAUGUGAAUUUAAACCUGAUCCAAGUAUACAUCCAUUUUUCAGAGCUGAUAACAGUGAUUAUAAAGGUAGUGGAUAUGAUCGUGGACAUUUAGCAGCUGCUGGGAAUCAUAAAUAUUGUCAGACUCAUAUAGAUCAGACAUUCUAUUUAACAAAUAUGGCACCACAAGUAGGUCAGGGUUUCAAUAGAGAUUCCUGGAAUAGAUUGGAGAAAUAUGUUAGGCAUUUAACUAAAUUUUAUAAGGAUGUAUAUGUUUGUUCAGGUCCUCUCUAUUUACCAAAAAUAGAAUCUGAUGGAAAAAAAUACGUGCGAUAUGAAGUCAUUGGUGCUAAUCAUGUAGCAGUACCAACUCAUUUUUAUAAAAUAGUUGUUGGAGAAACACAUGAUUCAAAACUAGAAAUGGAGGCAUUUGUAAUGCCAAAUACUCCUAUAGAUGACAAGGUUCCUUUAACAAAUUUUCAGGUACCGCCAGAGAGCGUCGAACGUGCAGCUGGACUUUUAUUCUUUGAUAAAAUCUCACGCGAUAAAUUAAAUAAAAUAAAUGGAAGAAAAGUUAGAUAAUUAUAAUGCGAAGUUAGAAAAUUGCAGUAAAUGUUUUGAUAGAAUUAUUUUAAAUGUAUAAACUGGUUUUAUCUUCUAGUCAAUUUAAAAAUAGAAAUUUUGCAAUAACACUUUUACGUAUUAUUGUAUGUAUUAAUCUUGUAUAGGUGUAAGUUUUGUAUGGUCUAUUUAAAAUACACAUACACACUAAAUUUUUGCAUUUUUAUAAAGCAGUUCAAUUAUUUUAGUCUCUAUUUUAUGUCGUCUUAUAAAUAAUACUGAAAUGAAAUAUUUAAAUUUUUAUUAUUUUUGUACAUUCAGCAAUUAUUUACAUACAAUAUUGCAUGUUGUCACAUCUUGUCAUAAAAUAAGUAUUCACAUGAAAAGCGCAUGCACUCUUAUUUAGGUAUUUUUCUUAGUAUCCAAAGUUUCAGUCUUGAAUAAAACAUUUAUGGUAUUUAA